GCGGCAUCACCACUCCACCCCUGUACAUGCUGAAUAUUGUUUAAAUUAAAAAGAAAAAAGGAGGAGGGUUUCGUCGUAGCUUUCCGACCUGGAUUCUCCCAUUCUCCUUCCAAUCUCCAAGGGCUUACGCCGCUGGUUCAUUGGCUUUGUCGAUUAAGUCUUGCAACACCGCCUCUGUCUCUUGCUUAAGCUCUCGUUCGCUCUCUUCGGCUCCACUCCUGUCGUUCCUUUCCUAAACCCUAACUUACCUUCCCGCCAAUACCUAGGGUUAGGGUUUCCCCAGGGAAAGAGUUACCACUUGAUUUAUUCGAUCUCUGUUAUGAGUUGCAAUCCGAAAUUCGUCCGAUUAGGGCAGGGUUAACAGGGUUUCUGUGUCAGAGAGAGAGAGAGAGAGAGAAGGGGGUUGGGUGUGAUUCCUUGAAUUUGAAUGGCAUUGGGUGAUUCGAUGGCUUCUAGAUUUUCGCAAUCAUCUAUGGCCUUGGCGGUGGUGUCCAAUCAUCUCGAGGAGUUAAAUAUUAGCACUAGUACUACCGGUAAUAAUAGCAUUAAUCAUGAGGAUGGUGAGAGGAGUGUUAGGGAUUCGGAAACUGCUAGUAGUAGUUAUGUUGGUGGUGCCGCGAUGACGACGACAAGCAUGGCCUAUUUGCCUCAGACCCUGGUACUAUGUGAGCUCCGGCAUGACGCUUUUGAGGGUUCCUUGCCCUCUGGCCCGUCUGACAGUGGCUUGGUCUCCAAAUGGCGGCCUAGGGACCGGAUGAAGACGGGAUGUGUUGCCCUUGUUUUAUGUUUAAACAUUAGUGUUGAUCCACCUGAUGUAAUAAAGAUAUCUCCUUGUGCCCGGAUGGAGUGCUGGAUUGACCCUUUUUCAAUGGCACCUCAAAAAGCGCUUGAAACAAUUGGAAGAACCUUAAACCAACAGUACGAGAGAUGGCAGCCUAGAGCUCGCUACAAGAUCUCUUUAGAUCCCACUGUGGAUGAAGUCAAGAAACUUUGUACAACUUGCCGUAAAUAUGCCAAGUCAGAGAGAGUUUUGUUUCACUAUAAUGGGCAUGGAGUUCCAAAACCAACGGUCAAUGGAGAAAUAUGGCUUUUCAAUAAGAGCUAUACACAGUAUAUUCCAUUACCUAUUGGUGACUUGGAUUCUUGGCUGAAGACGCCUUCAAUAUAUGUCUUUGACUGCUCUGCUGCUGGGAUGAUUGUCAAUGCCUUUGUAGAGCUUCAGGACUGGACUGCUGCUGCUUCUGCUUCUUCUGGUCCUUCUGCUAGGGAUUGCAUUUUGCUUGCAGCCUGUGAAGCACAUGAGACUCUUCCUCAAAGUGCUGAAUUUCCGGCUGAUGUGUUUACUUCCUGCCUUACAACUCCCAUAAAAAUGGCAUUGAGAUGGUUUUGUACUCGUUCUUUGCUUCGUGAGUCUCUAGAUUAUUCACUUAUAGAUAGAAUUCCUGGCCGGCAAACUGAUCGGAAGACGCUUCUUGGAGAAUUGAAUUGGAUUUUUACAGCAGUGACAGACACAAUUGCCUGGAAUGUUCUCCCACAUGAUCUUUUCCAGAGAUUGUUCAGGCAAGAUCUAUUAGUUGCGAGUCUGUUCCGUAACUUUCUACUUGCGGAGAGAAUCAUGCGCUCUGCCAAUUGUUCACCACUUUCGCAUCCCAUUUUGCCGCCGACCCAUCAACAUCAUAUGUGGGACGCUUGGGAUAUGGCUGCUGAAAUAUGCCUUUCUCAGCUUCCAACUCUUGUUGAGGACCCUAAUGCAGAAUUCCAGCCUAGUCCAUUCUUUACGGAGCAAUUAACAGCUUUUGAGGUGUGGCUUGAUCAUGGAUCCGAUCUUAAAAAACCACCUGAACAGCUGCCAAUUGUUCUUCAGGUUUUACUUAGUCAAUGUCAUAGGUUCCGUGCUUUGGUGCUCCUUGGAAGGUUUCUGGAUAUGGGAUCUUGGGCUGUCGAUUUGGCCUUAUCUGUUGGAAUAUUUCCUUACGUUUUAAAGCUCUUGCAAACAACUACUCCUGAACUUAGGCAAAUUCUUGUGUUCAUUUGGACAAAGAUUCUUGCGCUUGAUAAGUCUUGCCAGGUUGAUCUCGUGAAGGAUGGUGGACAUGCAUAUUUCAUUAGAUUUCUCGACAGUGUUGAAGCUUACCCAGAGCAACGUGCAAUGGCUGCAUUUGUUUUGGCUGUCAUUGUAGAUGGUCACAGACGAGGUCAGGAGGCCUGUAUUGAAGCUGGUUUGAUACAUGUAUGCUUGAGGCACCUUCAGGUUUCAAGUCCAGGUGAUUCACAAACUGAACCACUAUUUCUUCAGUGGCUGUGCCUAUGUCUUGGGAAACUAUGGGAAGAUUUUGCAGAGGCACAAACCAUGGGUGUGCUGGCAGAUGCCUCUGCUGUAUUAGCACCUCUACUUUCUGAGCCCCAACCUGAGGUUCGAGCUGCAGCUGUUUUUGCUCUGGGCACUGUCCUCGAUGUUGGGUUUGACACAUCAAGAGAUGGUGCUGGGGGUGAGGAAGAUUGUGAUGAUGAUGAAAAAGUUAGGUCUGAGGCCAGUAUUGUCAAAAACCUUCUGAAUGUUGUUUCUGAUGGAAGUCCUCUGGUUCGUGCUGAGGUUGCUGUUGCUCUAGCUCGUUUUGCCUUUGGCCACAACAAGCACCUGAAAUCUGUUGCUGCUGCAUACUGGAAGCCUCAGCCUAACUCUGUGCUUGCUGCCUUGCCUGCGUUUGCAGUCAAGGGUUCAGGUAGUGGCUAUACGACUCCAACACAAUACAUGCCUCAUGGAAGUAUUGUUCCAUCUGCAGUUUCUCCUUUGCUCAGAGUUGGGGAAAACAGCCAGCCUGUAGUUCGUGAUGGAAGAGUGUUUACCAGUAGCCCCCUUGCAACAUCUGGAAUCUUGCAUGGCUCUCCUCUCUCUGAUGAUUCAUCUCAGCAUUCUGAUUCUGGCAUAGUGGCUGACUCCAUUACCAAUGGGGUAGUUAACCAUGCAAGGCCUAGACCUCUUGACAAUGCACUCUAUUCACAAUGUGUGUUGGCUAUGUGCACUCUGGCCAAAGAUCCAUCGCCACGAAUCGCCAGCCUUGGUCGUCGAGUAUUAUCUAUUAUUGGCAUUGAAUCGGUGGUUGCAAAAUCAGUGAGGUCUACUCCUGGUAAUGCCCAGCCUAGUGAAUCCAUGGCUAAUGCCAGCACUAGUCUCACUGGACUAGCUCGGUCAUCAUCAUGGUUUGAUAUGAAUGGAGGGCAUUUGCCUCUCACGUUUAGAACACCUCCAGUUAGCCCUCCUCGGCCUAGUUACUUGACAGGAAUGCGGAGAGUGUAUUCCUUGGAGUUUAGACCACAUCUAAUGAAUUCUCCAGAUUCUGGAUUAGCUGAUCCACUUUUGGCAACAGCUGGACCUUCUGGAGCUUCAGAACGCAGUUUUCUUCCACAGUCUACGAUCUACAAUUGGAGUUGUGGUCACUUCUCAAAGCCUCUUCUUACAGCUACUGAUGAUAGUGAAGAGAUUAUUGCCAGAAGAGAAGAGAGAGAAAAGCUGGCUUUGGACCGUAUUGCAAAAUGCCAACAUUCUGGAGGGGGAGGAUUAACAGCAUCCUUGCCCUUUCUUUUGACAGCUGUGAACAGACUACGUGAUCAAAUUGCCAGUUGGGAUGCAAAAUUUGAGACAGGUACCAGAACUGGUUUGCUGCAGCCCUUUUCUCCAGUCGUGGUUGCUUCAGAUGAGAGUGAGACAAUCAGAAUCUGGAAUUACGAGGAAUCUACACUACUGAACAGUUUUGAGAAUCAUGAUUACCCUGACAAAGGAAUUUCAAAGCUGUGUCUUGUGAAUGAACUUGAUGAGAGCUUGCUGCUUGUUGCUUCAAGUGAUGGAAAUGUCCGGAUUUGGAAGGAUUAUACUUCAAAAGGUCAACAAAAACUGGUUACUGCACUCUCUUCGAUUCAAGGUCACAGGCCAGGCGUGCGGAGUGUGAAUGCAGUAGUCGAUUGGCAACAGCAGUCUGGAUGUCUGUUUGCUUCGGGUGAAGUGUCAUCUAUCAUGGCAUGGGAUCUGGAUAAGGAGCAGCUUGUAAAUACUAUCCCAUUAUCCUCAGAUUGCAGCAUUUCAGCACUGUCUGCUUCUCACAUUCAUGGGGGCCAGUUCGUGGCUGGUUUUUCGGAUGGAUUUGUGAGAUUAUAUGACACUCGGACACCUGAAAUGCUUGUUUCUGCAACACAACCGCAUACACAGAGAUUAGAAAAAAUUGUGGGAAUUGCCUUUCAACCUGGACUUGAGCCAGGAAAGAUUGUGAGUGCCUCGCAAGCUGGCUAUAUUCAGUUCCUUGAUUUGAGACAUCUCAGGGAUACGUAUCUCACAAUUGAUGCUCACCGGGGUUCACUUACUGCUUUAGCUGUCCAUCGACAUGCUCCCCUUAUUGCUAGCGGCUCCGCAAAGCAGCUUAUCAAAAUCUUCAACUUGGAAGGAGAGCAAUUAGGCAGCAUUCGAUAUUACCCAAGUUUCAUGGCCCAUAAGAUUGGGUCUGUUAGCAGCCUUACCUUCCAUCCUUAUGAAGUGUUGCUUGCUGCUGGCACUGCAGAUGCUUGCGUUUCUAUUUAUGCUGAUGCGACAUCUACUGCAAGAUGAGGAUACUUGUAAUGGCUUUAUGAGACUUUCCUUACUGGUGGCUGAUUGAAGAUAAAAGAGUUCUUCAACAGAAGGAUCUUUGGUGCAAAUGAAGCGUAGAAUGACAAUUUGCUCCUUUUUGCAGUGAAUGUGCUUAAAAUACAAAAUGACACCACUGCCUUGGAAGAUGUAUGUUACAUAUUCAUUAAGUCUCUGCAUUUAGAGGGUUGCCCAAAAUUGGGAGCAUCAUCGCAUUCAUUGGAGGCUUUGGCAAAUAAUCAAAAUACGUAGGUAAAAGAAAGGUGUAAAUAUUCUCUAUUCUUCUGCUUCCUUUCUGCUUAGCUUGCACCUUUUGAUAUUUAGUACCUAAUCUCUCCCUUUUGUUUCCAUCAUGGUCUGCUCAUCUGAGACCUUUGUUCAAUUUGUACAGAUUAACUAAGUUUUCAUUAAUAUAAAUUAAAUUGGUUGUAAGCAGUUAUCGGUUGUAUUCCCCUUCCAAGAACCGUUUACAUCUUAUGGUUUGGUUCUAUGCUGCACUGAACAUGUUGCAAGGUUUUUUGUUAUUUAAAAGUAGACUGGAUUCUAUACUUCUUGCUGAUAGUUUGAGCAGCUUGUUGAAAUUCUCUACUCUUGUGCAACUGCAGUAUUGUACCUUUUACUGAAUGGAAGGCAUUUGUAUUCUAUUUUCCA